UAACCGCGAGUAUAAAAAAAGCGAGUACGACGGCGACGAAGAAGACUCUUUGCCCUGAGAUCUGUAUCUGUACUCGCUUCCGAUCAUCACUCUUCCCAGUCUUCUUCAUCAUGUAUAAGUUGAUCAAGGUUUUGAGGGGUGAAGAGUUUAACUAAUUGGGGAUUGAUCUCGAAAUGCCGUCAGGAGAGUGUAGUAAUGUGCACUUGGAUGAUGAUAGGAUUAGCUUAGAGAUUGAUGAAGGUAGAGAAUUUGAAUCGAAAGAGGAGGCUUUUGAGUUCUACAAAGAAUAUGCUAAAUCUGUUGGGUUUACUACCAUUAUUAAAGCUAGUCGUCGUUCAAGAAUGACCGGGAAAUUUAUCGAUGCUAAGUUUGUUUGUACGCGUUAUGGAAGCAAGAAAACAGAGAAAGAAGAUAUAGGUACUGGUUUAGGUACAGAUGGGUUUAACUUUCCUCAAGCAAGAAAACGCGGUAGAAUAAACCGGUCAUCAUCGAAAACUGAUUGUAAAGCAUGUUUACAUGUUAAGAGAAGGCAAGAUGGGCGGUGGGUUAUUCGUGGUUUGAUUAAAGAACAUAACCAUGAAAUCUUCGCUGGUCAAGCCAACUCUUUAAGAGACUUGGGUGGGCGGAGAAAACUUGAGAAACUAAACGGUGCUAUUGUGAAAGAGGUGAAAAGCAGGAAGCUACUUGCUUUAGAGGAUGAGGAUGUUGAAAGACUCCUAAACUUCUUUACGGAUAUGCAAAUUGAGAAUCCUUUCUUCUUUUACGCCAUUGAUCUCAGUGAGGAGCAGAGUCUAAGGAACGUCUUUUGGGUUGAUGCAAAAGGUAGAUUGGAUUAUACUUGUUUCUGUGAUGUUGUAUCUUUUGACACUACAUUCAUCAAGAAUGAGUAUAAAAUGCCUCUUGUCGCUUUUACUGGCGUGAACCACCAUGGACAGUUCCUGUUACUUGGUUGUGGAUUGAUAUCAACUGGUGAGUCUAAAUAUGGAUUUGUUUGGCUUUUUCGGGCAUGGUUAAACGCGAUGCAUGGAUGCCAACCCAGAGUCAUACUUACCAAACACGACCGAACGCUCAAAGAAGCUGUCUUGGAGGUGUUCCCAUCUUCUAGACAUUGUUUUUAUAUGUGGGAUACUCUUGGUCAGAUGCCGGAAAAGCUUGGUCAUGUUAGGAGACAAGAGAAAAACUUUAUGGAUGAGAUGAAUGAUGCUAUUUACGGGUCUUGCAAGAGCGGGGACUUUGAAAAGAAUUGGUGGGAGGUAGUUGAUAGGUUUCAUAUGAGAGACAACGCAUGGCUUCAGUCAUUGUAUGAAGAUAGGGAAUAUUGGAUUCCUGUAUAUAUGAAAGAUGUAUCUCUAGCCGGAUUGUGUACAGCUCAGAGGUCAGAUAGCGUCAACUCUGUUUUCGAUAAAUACAUUCAAAGGAAAACUACAUUAAAAGCAUUUCUUGAUCAGUACAAGAAGAUGAUACAAGAGAGGUACGAAGAGGAAGAGAAAGCGGAGAUUGAGACAUUGUAUAAACAACCCGGGCUUAAGUCACCUUCACCAUUUGGGAAGCAAAUGGCUGAGGUAUACACUCGUGAGAUGUUCAAGAGGUUUCAGGUGGAGGUGUUGGGAGGAGUUGCUUGCCAUCCGAAGAAAGAAAGCGAAGAAGAUGGGGUCAACAAGAGGACUUUCAGGGUUCAAGAUUAUGAACAGAACCGUGCUUUCGUUGUGGUGUGGAACUCUGAAUCAUCUGAAGUUGUCUGUUCUUGUCGACUGUUUGAGUUCAAAGGUUUUCUUUGUAGGCACGCGAUGAUUGUUCUGCAGAUGUCUGGGGAACUUAGUAUUCCUUCUCAGUAUGUGUUGAAGCGUUGGACAAAGGAUGCGAAAAGCAGAGAAGCCAUGGAAUCUGAUCAGAUUGAUGUAGAAUCAACUAAGGCUCAACGAUACACGGAUCUUUGUCUCUGUUCUUUGAAAUUGAGUGAGGAAGCAUCUUUGUCCGAGGAGAGCUAUAACGCCAUGAUUAAUGUGCUGAAUGAAGCUUUAAGAAAGUGGGAGAACAGGAGUAACUUGAUCCAAAAUGUUGAAGAGUCAGAAUCGGUUACAGCUCAAGAUCUUCCGAUACAUGAAGAACAGAACAACACAUAUGAGAUGAACAAAGACGAUAAUGUCGCUGACACCGGACAGGAAUAUUCAUUGCAAGAAGUCUGGAAAGUAACUGCUUUGCAAGAACAAAGUAACCGAUACUCGAUUCUCGAUGAGUACCUCAGUGCCCAACAUAUGUCUCAUGAAAUGGGACAUAUCAACUCAAUGGCCUCAAAUCGCAAUGGAUAUUGUACUGCCCAUCAAAACAUACACUCGCUGGGGCAGUCCAUAACUCAGCAAAGGCUCUAUGGAGAUGAACAAUCAAGUUUCAGACCAGAAGCUGUGUAUGAAAGACUUCAGGACAUGUGUUUAUUCAUGAAUAUUGUUAGGGACAAUCAAAUGUUAGACAUCAUCCUCAGCAACAUUGCAAUGCUUCAAAACAUCAACACUCCAACAGGAAUUUCUCUCACUGAGUCACUAGCUCUUCCUUUUUCGAGCAGCAUAACUAAUUGUGAAUUUUCUUUUAAUCUUCGAUUUUUACUUUAGAUGAUAGAAAUGAAUAUAUGUAUAUGUACAGAUGUGGCAAAUAAAAUUUGGAUGUUUUCUUUAA